AAUUAAUGGAGUUGUUUUUAUCAACAGAUCUGAACUCAUAAUUUUUAAUCUUUUUGGCACAUUAUACAAGACUAGUUUCAACAGGAAGAGUAAAACUUAUUGUGCUUUCAAAUCAAGCCUUAAAAUUAAAAGAAGAAGGCAUAUUAAAAUUUCCAUCAAUUCCUUCUUUGGUGACAGAGGAUGCUUAAAUUUUGACAAAUGUAUUCUCAAUUGCUCAGUAAUUAAAAAAAAUAACUUAGAUAUUUAGCUAAUAUUUCCUUUACAGAAAAAAUACUUAUUGGAACAGAUAAUUAAACUUUGGGAUAAGUAAAAUAAUUAGAUAUAAUUUUAGGUUUUGUAAGUUUUUGAAGCAUAAAGAAAAAUUUAAGGGGAAAGUUUAAUUGAUGUAAAUAUAAUUUAAAAUCUUAGGCAUUUCUAUAACACCUAGAGAGCAGAGUAUUUUUUGUUACUAAUCAUGUAACACUAGCAGAUCUAUUUCUAUAUAUUCACACUUAUGAUGUAGUAUCUACAUGGAAUGACGAAUAAAAAAGUGGAAAAUAUGUUCAUUUUUUUAGAUGGUAUAUAAUUCAUUUAAUAAUUCUUUCUUUAUAGGUUUAAAUAAAUUCAAGCAUUACCAUAAAUUUGUUAAAUAAACAGAGAUUUAGGUAGAAUUGAUGUGAAGCCAGCAUCUCCAUUUCCAUCAAUUGGUGAUGCUUCAUCUACAAGCAAAAAAAAAAACCAAAUAUGAGAUAGUAUAAUAUUCUUAUUGAAUAUUAGAAUAAUA